GAAACAGGCUGUGGUUUGUGAGUUCACAGCUAAUUUCCCGGUCAUUUUUCACACAUAACGCCCUCAACAUCAGAUGGAAACACAGACAUACUGUCCAUCAGCGCUAGUGUUUGAUUCCCAUCACGUGAGAUCAGCAACAGACAUAUAACUUUACUCUACACCGAUAGCAGAGAGCUGCAUUCACAGUAUUACUGGAGGUUUGAGUUUAGAAAGUCAUUUGAGGAAGAUUUUCACGCUGAUUUUCUGAACUCAACCGAUGAAGAAAUGAAGUUAACAUUGAUGAUGUCUGGGUUUCUCCUGAUGGUGAGCAGUUCACAGUGUGUGGAUAUUACAGAGAGAGGAACGGAGGGAGAACAAGUGACUAUUAAGUGUCCUUAUGCUAAAGGAUAUGAAAACUCCUACAAAUACUUAUAUAAAGGACAAUACAAAGAUAAGAAUCUUAUACUAAAAUCUGAUGGAGGAGAGUCAUCAAUGUCUGAAGGCAGAUUCUCUCUGCGAGACGAUCAUCAGACGAGAUCAUUUACGGUGACCAUCAGAGACCUGAGGAUGGCAGAUGCUGGACUGUACUGCUGUGGAGCUGGAUGGGGAGAAUAUAAACUAAUCCAGCUGAAUGUGAUUAAAGCUCCACAGAAAACAAGACCUGUCCAGAUCUCAACAUCCACCCUUCUUCCGUAUACAAACAUCAGCACUGACCACACCAGCACAGUGACACCUCAAACAGAACGUGAAAGGACAAGAACAAUGACAGGAAGUACUGCAGUUCACCUCAAUCAGCCAAAACCUAAUCUGUCUUCUGUCGCUGGCGGUCUGGGUUCGGUUCUGCUGGUUCUGGUUCUGUGUUCUGGAAUGUUCCUCGUCCUGAAAAAGAGGAAGAGGAAAUCUGGGACAGCUUUAUUUCAGCAAAGUAUGCAGCACAAUACGGAGACUGAGCGUAUGUAUGAGAUUCCAAACAGUGAUGUCAUCACCUCAGCAUCUUCAUCCAAUCAGACGCCUGCAUCAGACCUAAAAACCCGCCCACAAGGAUCUGCUGUUUAUGCCACAGUAACCAAUCAGCAGCCUGAUUCAAACCCCAGUCGCAUCCACUCAACCAAUCAGGUGACGGAUACAGACUGUGAUUAUUAUGCCAGCAUGAAGCCGCCUGAAACAACACCGGACAACAGAACAGAACUCAUCUACUCAACAGCGACACAUCCGCAAAACGUCAAGACAAACGACGGCCCGAUAUAUUCAAUGAUCAAACAUAAAUAAUAAAAAAAGACUGUCAAAACUUCUUCCACAGACAUCUGCACUGAUGCUCAAAGUGGAAAAAAAAAAUGGUGGUACAAGCAACAUAGUUUUAAUUCAUUAAUAUCUCGACAGUUUUCUGAGUUUUUAUUACUAUUUUAUUACGUGUAUAAUGUUACUAACAAGAAAAGUUAAAAAAA